AGCAAACAUGAAACAUUGAAGCUCUUUGGACUAAUUUAGUGUAUAUUAAUCACAGUGUUUUAAACACACUGUAUAUGUAUGUACUAGUUACUCCGUUUAAGUCCAUAUUUACGUUAUCAGCUAUCUGGCUUGUUAAGUUAGCCCAGCACUAGGCUAGUCGCUAAUGCUAAAUAGCUAGCUAGCUAACGUCCCCGAACAUGAGCUCACUAAACUACUCUUCCUCUGCUAAAGAAAAUGAGGUCUGCUGUCCGGAGAAAGAAACUCCAGGGCUGAACAUUUACGUGAAAGAAGAAGAAUUUACUGUAAAAGAAGAAGAAUUUACUGUAAAAGAAGAGGACGUGGAGGAAGCUAUCACAGUGAAAGAAGAACAGGACGUUACAGUGAAGGAAGAGGAAGAAGCUUUCAGAGUGAAAGAAGAGGAUGUUAGAGUGAAAGAAGAGGAAGAAGCUUUCAGAGUGAAAGAGGAGGGGGAUGAACAGAAAGAGGAGGGUGCCGUGUUUGUAGUGAAAGAGGAGGAGGAGGUGACUGUCACAUUGAAAGAAGAGGAGCAACUUUUUGAAAUUAAGGAAGAGGGGGAGAUUACUGUCACAUUGGAGGAGGAGGAAGAAGACAAGACUGGAGCUCUGAUGAACACCAGAGAGAGACUAGACUUUCAUUCUGACAGCGGGAAGAGUCCUUCAGGGGAACCAGACCCAGAGACGUCUAAACCAGCAGACGACACCACUGCUCCCAGUGUGGAAAGAGUUUUUCUAGGUUAGAAGCCUGAAAUCACAUGAAAGAAUACACACAGGAGAAAAGCCUUACCACUGCACUCAAUGUGGAAAUAGAUUUACCUCUUUAGGGACCCUGAAAGAUCACGUAAGAAAACAUACAGGAGAGAAGCCCCACCAAUGCUCCCAGUGUGAAAAGAGUUUCCCCCGGUUAUGGGACCUGAAAUCACACGAGAGGACACACACAGGAGAGAAGCCUUACCCCUGCUCCCAGUGUGGAAAGAGUUUUUCCACAUCGGGGUCCCUGAAAAACCACGAGCAAACACAUUCCGUAGAAAAGAUUUUCCGCUGUUCACAUUGUGAAAAGAGUUUUAGGAAUUUACAGUACCUGAAACGACACGAGAAAAGACAUACGCGGGAGAAGACUUUCCACUGCUCCCACUGUGGAAUUAAAUUUACCUUGUUUCAGCAACUGAAAAAGCAUGAAAAAGUCCACAGCGGAGAGAAACGUUAUGAAUGCUCCCAGUGUGGGAAGAUAUUUACCCAGUUAGGGCACCUGAAAGACCACGAGGUAACACACACGGGGGAGAAGCCUUACCACUGCUCACAGUGUGGAAAGGAAUAUAACACAUCAAAUGGACUUAAAGUUCAUGAGAGAACACACAUACUGCUCCCACACUUGUCUCAUAUUUUUGACUGAGAAAUUGUGCUUUUAUGUUUAAGCUACAUGAAAUCAAAUCGUAUAAAGCGCAUUCCAAAUUACAUUUAUAUGUUUUUUUAUUUAAACACAUGAACUGAAUAUGGUGUCUGUCAGUUGGAAAGUAGAGUUUGAAUGUAGACCUGAUUAAACUUUUUUAACCUCUGGCUGAGUAUGUCAGUUUAAAAGUAGAGUUUGUCUGUUUGAAUGUAGAUGCUCUGUGAUUAAAUUAUAAUUUUCAAACUCUG